GUAGGAGACGAGGAGGAAGCGACUUCAAGUGCUGGUGCUGGAGAUGAAAAAGCGAUGGUUGCGGCAUCUCAUAUUUUCAUCGGACAUGGUCCACACGAAGAGAGGAACAAGGCUGCUGUGAACAACAAGACUGCGGACGACACGACUGCCGAGAACCUCCAAGAAGAGAGUACUACACUAAAAGAUCAACAUGGAGAAAUGGAUCUCCUUACUAUGACAUCACAGUUGCCACCACUCUCCA